AUGGGGUUCGCGUCACUCCUCCUGCUGCUGCUGUGCGCCGCGGCGGUGUGCCGCGCGCAGCCGCUGCCCGUGAAGAGCUACAGCUACGCCUCGUUCCAGCGCGGCGACGGGUCGGUGAGCUCGCUGCUGUUCCGCGGCGAGGCCGGCAUCAACAACGGCGCGCUGCAGGUCACGCCGGACUCCCGCAACCUCAACAGCUUCCUCUCCAACAAGUCCGGCUCCGUCCUGCUCCCGGAGCCGUUCACCCUCUGGCGCCGCCUCGGCGGCGCGGUCCGCGUCGUGUCGUUCAACAGCACGUUCUCCAUGAACGUGUUCUACGACAAUGAGAGCCGUCCCGGCGAGGGUCUCACCUUCGUCGUCGCCCCGUCCGCCGACGGCCCGCCCCCUGGCAGCGACGGCGGCUUCCUCGGCCUCACCAACGCGACGCUGGAGGCCAGCCCGGGCAGGAACCGGUUCGUGGCGGUCGAGUUCGACACGUUCAGGCAGCCGGGGCGGUUCGACCCCGACGACAACCACGUCGGCCUCGACAUCGGCACCGUCGCCUCCAACGUGACGGCGAGCCUCGCCGGCCUCAACAUCACCAUCGCGACGAACGGCACGGCGCCGGCCAACUACACCGUCUGGAUCCAGUACGACGGCGCGGCGCGCCGCAUCGCCGUGUACAUGGGCAUCAGGGGCAGCCCGAGGCCGGCCUCCCCCGUCCUCGCCUCGCCAUUGGACCUCAGCGAGCACGUCCCGGAGGAAGCCUACCUCGGCUUCACGGCGUCCACCGGCGUCAGCUUCGAGCUCAACUGCAUCCUCGACUGGAACCUCACGAUCGAGACGUUCCCGCUGCUCGACAAGAAGAGCAAGGGAUGGAUCGUCCCCGUCGCCGUGGCCGUCCCCGUCGCCGCCGUCGCCAUCGCGGCCUUCUUCCUGGCAAGAAUGCUGCGCGCGAGGCGGUCAAUGGAGCGGAGGAGGCAGGAGCGGCUGGAGCACACGCUGACCAACCUCCCCGGGAUGCCCAAGGAGUUCGCGUACGAGAAGCUGAGGAAGGCGACCAAGAACUUCGACGAGCGGCACCGGCUGGGGAAGGGAGGGUACGGCAUGGUGUACAAGGGCGUCCUCCCCGCCGACGACGGCCGGCCGGAGGCGACGGAGGUGGCCGUGAAGAUGUUCACCCGGGACGACGCCGAGUGCGUCGAUGACUUCGUCAAGGAGGUCGACAUCAUCCACCGGCUGCGCCACCGGAACAUCGUGCCUCUCAUCGGUUGGUGCAACAAGAAAGGGCAGCUGCUGCUGGUGUACGAGUACAUGCCCAACGGCAGCCUGGACCAGCACCUUUUCCGGAGAGGCGUCCACGAGCAGCGGGCGGCGCUGAGCUGGGAGAGCCGCUACGCCAUCGUCGCCGACAUCGCGGCGGGGCUGCACUACGUGCACCACGAGUACGGGCCCAUGGUGCUCCACCGCGACAUCAAGGCGAGCAACGUCCUGCUCGACGCCUCGUUCCGCGCCAGGCUCGGCGACUUCGGCCUCGCGCGCGUCCUCGAGCUCGACCGCAACUCCUUCACCGACCUCGGCGUCGCCGGCACGCGCGGGUACAUCGCGCCGGAGUACUCCGUCGGCCACAAGGCCUCCCGCCAGACCGACGUGUUCGCCUUCGGCGUGCUCGUGCUCGAGGUCGUCACCGGCCGGUACGCGCUGCUCGGCGACCCGGCGUGCCCGCUGCUGUCGGACUGGGUGUGGCGGAUGCACGGCCGCGGCGCGCUGCUCGGGGCGGUGGACCAGAGCCUCGGCACCGACGGCUUCGACGCCGGCGACGCCAUGCGGCUGCUGCUGCUCGGCCUGGCGUGCAGCAACCCCAACCCCGGCGACCGCCCCACCAUGCCGGAGGUGCUGCAGAUUCUGUCCAGGUCGGCGCCGCCGCCGGAGGUGCCGCAGUUCAAGCCGUCGUUCGUGUGGCCGCCGGAGGGCGGCGCGUCCUACGACCUCGUCGACAUCGACGCCAUCACGAUCGGCAGCCUCGCCGGGACGAGCAGUGCCGCCUCGGCGCGCGCCACGCAGGACACCGCGUCCGCCGGAUUCCGGACGCCGAACAGCGCCGACGGCUACUUCCCCGCGCUGUCCUCCGGCCGCUGAUGAAAUGCUGCCGUGUCACACACGUGUGCAUAAACUGUCAAAUUUUACCAGCCUUAGCAACGCAUUUCGACAUAGUAAAAGCAAUUUACAUUGCAAUGCAAAUUAAAUAGUGCUAGUACAUGUAGGUAUAUAUCAAGAUUGUUUCUUUCUUUUUCAGAAAAUUCUCAUGUUGUAACAUACUAGUGCCCAACCAAAAGUUUUUGCAAGGUUUGUGCUAUCACCGAUCAGUUAGGACUUAGGACCUUUCUCAUGAUUAUGAACAUGUCUUUUUAUCUACCAAAGCACUUCUCUACCUACAACAUCCAUGUGCUCAGAAUUCAGACCAGGCUAAAUACCUGGAUGACUGAAUAAAUUGAAGAGAGAUGAUGUUGAAUUCCAACAUGGAAGUGUUGCUUUCAGAGAAGAAUAAAAAAAGAAGUGUUUUUGCCUUUGG